GGUAUUUGAGGGCGUGGCUAAAUAAAAAUGGCGACCAAGGAAAAGGUUAAAACCGAUGACGAAGAACUCUCAGUGCAAGCCCCGGACCUAAGCUAUGACUUGCUCGAGGAGGAAGAUAGCGAAGAGUUUGAAAGUGUAGAGGCUCCAGCUCUAGCAGAUGAAGACGAGGACAGAAGCUUCUUGCCUGUAACGAAGAAAAAGGGCAGGGAAUCAUCAUCAUCACCUCGUAUAGCUCAGAGGAGGAAAAAACUCGACAAAGGAGGAGGGGGAGGAGCAGGGUUGGAGGGAGGAGGGAGCGAUGUCAGUUUACAUGAAGACAUUGCACACUUGACAACUGACGAGGAUCACUUUAGAAAUGAAGAUGGAUUGAGAUCAGACAUGUUGAUAUCUCUAGGAGGACCAAACCAAAGCAUAGGAGCAUCGUUACUAUCUACCAUGACUGUCGGUGAGAAACCAAAACUACCUGAUGCUGAUCCUGAAACAGCUGAACUUGCAAGAAGGGCAAGAAUGAACAGCACAUCGAAAGAUGAGAGAGAAUUCGAAGACGAGGAUGUCCAUUCGUCCUCUUGGAUCAAUCAUCACAAACACAUAUUCAUUGUGAGUACGUCUGGUAAACCAAUAUACAGCAGGUAUGGGAAAGAGGAGCAGCUGGUGAGUUUAUUUGGGAUAAUGCAAGCACUCGUCUCCUUUGUGGCUGAUGACAAAGACGUCCUGAGGUGCAUAAGUGCUCAGAAUCUAAAGAUUGUCUUCCUUCAGAAGCCACUGGUUGUUUUCGUGGCUGUAUCACGCUCAAAAUUAUCAGAAAACCAAUUAAAAUUACAAUUAUCGUACGCUUACUACCAAAUUAUAAGUGUACUCACGUACACACAAAUCAAGCAAAUAUUUGAAAGAAGUCCUGGCUUUGAUUUGAGAUACUUAUUACAAGGGUCUGAGAAAUUUAUUGACAAUAUUUUAAAUAUUACCGACUCUGAUCCAUGCUACCUUUUAAAUGGAAUUAGAUGUUUAUCAAUGAGCCCGUCAUUAAGACAAACAAUAACGAGUACUAUAUUACAAUACAGAGCUAAGGAAGUUUUAUUUGCAUUAUUAAUUGCUGAGGAUAGGCUCAUCACAUUCAUAAAGCCUAAGGAUCAUAAUUUGCAUCCAAUAGAUAUUCAUUUAAUAUUUAAUUUGGUGAUGGCUUCGACUAGUUUUAAAUCAGCCGAGAGCUGGACCCCAAUAUGCCUGCCAAAGUUCAACGACUCUGGGUUCCUUCAUGCCUACGUCUCAUAUCUACCAGAAAACUCCCCAGCCUGUCUCCUUCUCUUCUCAACUGAUAAAGAGAAAUUUUUUGAGCUGCAACAAUGCAAGGAAAGAAUAGUCGAUAAAUUAUCGAAACUGGGGCUUUUAGAGCAGAUAUCAAACUCAGUUGACACAUCAGAUUAUAACAUUGAUCAUUUGCAAGCUCCCGAAAUCAGACACUUCUUAUAUAGAUCACGUAAAUCCUAUUCCAUCACUUCACCAACAAUGCCCCACCUCUACUCAUCAGAAGAAGACCGGCUAAGAUUAUUCGACUAUUUUAUGACAAUGAAUCAGAGACUACAUUCCCAUGCUUGGGCUACUAAAAUACUCUAUCACAUAGGAUCAAAGGAAGCUCUCCUUGGAUGGAGAACGUCUAAUUUUGAUCUAUAUGUCGUAUUUGACCCAUUAAUAUCAAAAGCUCAAGCAAUACUUUUGGGAAAUAAACUAAUUCGAUGGAUUAAUAAAGAAGAGGACAGAUUAAUCAUUACAAGUACUCCAACAUUUUAAUAAGAAUAGCAAUUAUUUUAACACUUAACACAUUUAGCUAUUAUUAUAAUAUUAUUCUUGUUAUUAUUAUUAUUAUUUUGGUGUUGUUACAAAUUUAUGUCUUUAAAACAUAAAAAUUAA